GCUUGUGCACACUAGUUGCUGUUUAACAGAAAGAGGAUGCUGGGUAGAAGGUCAGUCUAAAGUUUAAGUAAACUGGGUUUUUUUGACAGAGAGAAAAAUAAAAAGACUCAGACUGCGAAGCACAAAUAACAGCUCCUGUCAACACCUCACAGAGAUGGCGAUCACAUUAUGGGUGCACAUACUUUGGCUAACUGCGGUAGCCAUUUUCCUUGCUUUUCUGACUUACACCACAUACCAGCUGCUCAGCGGGUACGUACGUAAAUGGUACGAGAUGAAGCCAAUUCCUGGAGUUGCUGGUGCUUACCCUAUCAUAGGCCAUGCCCUGCAGUUUAAAGCUAAUGCCGGAGAUUUCUUCAGCCAGAUCAUAGAGGGAACGAACGAGUUCCGGCACUUGCCCUUGCUGAAGCUGUGGGUAGGCCCUGUGCCGUUCAUUGUCUUAUUUCACGCAGAGACUAUCGAGAUGGUGCUGAACAACCCUAAGCACUUGGAUAAAUCAUAUGCCUACAGAUUCCUGUACCCCUGGCUUGGAACCGGUCUUCUGACUAGUACAGGUGACAAAUGGCGCAGACGGCGGAAGAUGCUGACCCCGACUUUUCACUUUUCCAUACUGACCGACUUCCUGGAGGUGAUGAACGAGCAGGCGGAGGUUCUGACCGAGAAACUGGAGAAGAGGGCGGGGGGAGGACUGUUUAACUGCUUUAGCUUCAUCACGCUCUGCGCGCUGGACAUCAUCUGCGAAACUGCUAUGGGUAAGAAAAUCUAUGCACAGAAUAACUCUGACUCAGAGUAUGUUCAAAGUGUUUACAAGAUGAGUGAUAUCAUUUCUCGUAGACAGAGGACACCGUGGUAUUGGCCAGAUUUUAUCUACUAUUUUCUUGGAGAAGGAAGAGAGCACAACAGAAGGCUGAAGAUCCUUCACUCCUUCACUGAAAGUGUAAUCAGAGAGAGAGCGGAAUCUGUGAGGCAUGUUGACUCGGACCGCGAGCCUGAGGAAGGCCCGAGGAAGAGGAGGGCCUUCUUGGACAUGCUUUUGAAGAGCACGGACGAGGAAGGACGUGCUCUCAGCCACAGGGAUAUUCAGGAGGAGGUGGACACGUUCAUGUUCGAGGGUCAUGACACUACAGCCGCCUCCCUGAACUGGACCCUGUACCUGCUGGGCUCUCACCCGGAGGAACAGAGAAAGGUCCAGCAGGAGCUCCAGGAGGUGUUUGGGUCGUCGGACCGGCCGGUAACCACGGACGACCUGAGGAGGCUGCGCUACCUGGAGUGCGUCGUCAAGGAGAGCCUGCGCCUCUAUCCCGCCGUGCCGCUGUUCGCGCGGCGCAUCUGCGAGGACUGUGUCAUCAACGGUUUCAAAGUUCCCGAAGGGGUCAACGCGGUGAUCAUACCGUACGCCUUGCACCGGGACCCGCGGCACUUCCCCGACCCGGAGGACUUCCGGCCGGAACGCUUCUCGCCCGAGAAUUCCGAGGGGCGGAAUCCGUUCGCCUUCAUUCCGUUCUCUGGCGGAGUGAGGAACUGCAUCGGGCAACGCUUCGCUCUGAUGGAGGAGAAGGUGGUGCUGGCGUGGCUGCUGCGUCGCUUCGCCGUGCGGUCCUGCCAGACGCGGGACGACCUGCGACCCCUGGGGGGGCUCGUCCUGCGCCCGGAGAAGGGCAUCUGGAUCAGGCUGGAGCGGAGAUGAGCCACAGCCAAUCAGAAGGCUGCUUCUCUGCACCUGUCACCAUCCAACACCCCCCCCCCCCCAAAAAAAAAAAAACUAAACACAUCCUCAAGUGAUUUACAGACCUUUUAUUUGCUAAUCUCACUGGCCCUGUUCCAGUUGCCUCGUAAUUGUUUAUACGAUAAAUUCCAGUUUCUUUGCUCAGAUUUUUUUUCUUCUUUUUUUUUUGCGCAUUGCAAUGGACUUCACCGGUAUGACUACUGGAGAAUAGCUCUUUAAUCGCCGCGGGAGGUUAUGAAUGUCUUAUUUGAACGAAAACGACAGCGUAACAAACAGUAGAAGUGAAAUCAGUGGGGAAUUUAACCGGUGGUUUGUAACAUGUGAGAGAUUUUUUUUUUCUGUGUGGCUUAGGAGUAACGGCACAAAUUGGCUUGAAUCAGUGAAACAGAGCAAUGAUAACAGGAAAUGGUGCGAGAAAUAAACUCACUAGAUCUAUUACCAGUGAUUUAUGAGAGGUCGGGCACUGUGAAAUUGAGAAAACCGAGCAAAAACCCCAGUGAAUCAAAACAACUCAUCAUAUCAGGGAAGUGGUCCAAAUGGCCAUUUCAGCAGACCUCUCCAUUUGUAACAGGACUUUAAAUAUUGGGUCAUAUGGACUGAAUUUUGCUUGGACCUUCUGAAGCUUGGGACUCUCUAGUUCUAUGGCAUGUUUCCUGUAAGGUUCUACCAGCUUUUCGUGGAUACUGAAGCACCUGAAAUCACAUCUUUUAAAAAAAAAUAUUUCAACCCUAACAGAAAUGCUGUGGAUAAAAUUUAUUUAAAAUAUGUUUCCAAUC